AUGUUCAGUCAAAUUGGAAAAGUUUUCCGAGGCUCAACAUCCUCCUCUGUGAUGUCUUUGAUGAGAAAGACUCAACCAAAAAGAGGUCUUGAGGAAUUUAUUGAUAAAACUAUUCUUGAAGGAAAGGCAAUGGAGUCAUGUGGAAGAGCAUGGGGUAUCCGAGAACUUCGUAUUAAAUCUCUCUCCGAUUUACAAAAAUUGUGGAUUGUUUUGAUGAAGGAACGUAAUAUGCUUUUGACUGCUAGAUUACUAGCUAAAACUAUGGGAGGUAGAGUUACUCAUCCUGAGCGUUUGGUGAAAGUCAGAACUGGUAUGGCAAGAAUUAAACGUGUAAUUGCUGAAAGAGAGCGAGAGGCCCGAGAAGCCGCUAAAAUUGAAUUCGAGAAGAGAAAGGCAAAGGGUUAUUACAGCUAUCCACAAGUGAAUCCUCUCGGAUUGCAAACAAGUAGUGAAUCAUCAACAACCCAAGAAGCUCCAUCAUCACAAUAA